AUGGUCUCUGGCACUAUCCUGGUUGACAACAUGCUGAUCAAAGGGACAGCAGGAGGGCCUGACCCCACCAUCGAGCUCUCCUUGAAGGACAACGUGGAUUACUGGGUGAUCCUGGAUCCCAUCAAACAGACCCUGUACCUGAACAGCACCGGCCGAGUCCUGGACAGGGAUCCCCCAGUGUCCAUCCAGUCCAUCGUGGUGCAGGUGCAGUGUGUGAACAAGAAGGUUGGCACCAUCAUCAACCACGAGGUGCGGAUCGUGGUGAGGGACCGCAACGACAACUCCCCUCAGUUCCAGCAGCAGCGCUACUACGUGGCCGUGAACGAGGCUUCCAACAGGACCUUUGAUAUUCCUCUCACUUUGUCCGGAGCAGUAGUUCUACGGGAAAGACUAAAUUAUGAAGAAAAGACUCGUUAUUUUGUCAUUGUUCAAGCAAAUGACCGAGCCCAAAAUCUGAAUGAGAGAAGGACAAGUACAACCACCCUGACAGUGGAUGUGCUGGAUGGGGACGAUUUGGGACCAAUGUUUCUCCCCUGUGUCCUGGUGAACAACACCCGUGACUGCAGACCCCUCACCUACCAAGCCAGCCUGCCUGAACUCACUGAUCCUGCCCGUGUGAAUCCCAUCAGUGUCACUCCACCCAUCCAGGCCAUAGAUCAGGACCGAAACAUCCAGCCUCCUUCCGAUCGACCGGGCAUCCUCUAUUCCAUCCUAGUUGGUACCCCUGAGGAUUAUCCACAGUAUUUCCAUAUGAAUCUCACAACAGCUGAACUGACACUCCUCAAGCCAAUAAAUAGGGAUUUACACCAGAAGUUUGACUUGGUUAUUAAGGCUGAACAAGACAAUGGCCACCCCCUUCCUGCCUUUGCCAACCUGCACAUCGAGGUCCUCGAUGAGAACAACCAGAAGCCUUAUUUCACCAGAUCCACCUAUGAGGGCUUCAUCCUGGAAUCCUCCCCGGUGGGAACCACCAUCUCAGAUAACCAGAACCUCACUUCUCCACUGCAGGUCGUGGUGCUGGACAACGACGUGGAGGAGACCAAGGAUCCCCAGCUCCAUCUCUUCCUGAACGAUUACAGCACGUUCUUCACUGUGACUCAGAGUGGCAUCACCCGCUACCUCACCCUGCUGCAGCCCCUGGACAGAGAAACCCAGCAGCUCUACACCUUCUCGAUGACAGCUUCUGAUGGAGUCCAGGAGAGUGUCCCAGUGACUGUCAAUAUCCUGGUGAUCGAUGCAAAUGAUAAUUCCCCCACCUUCUCCAACAUCUCUUACAAUGUCAAGAUUUAUACGGAUAUGAGGCCUGGGGAAGGUGUUAUAAAGCUCACAGCUGUAGAUGCGGACGAGGGACCCAAUGGCCAGAUAGUGUAUGAAAUUUUGGCUGGGGAUCAGGGAGACUUCAGCAUCCAUGAGCGAACAGGCCUUGUCACCAUCGCUCCAGGAGUGGUGCUGGCAGUGGGGCGAUCCUACGCUCUCACUGUCAAAGCCUCUGACAGUGCUCCUCCUGCACAGAGAAGAGUUCCCAACUGUGCUGUCACUGUGCAUGUCCAUUCGCUGGGAGAAGCUGAGGCUUUUGAUAGGGAGGGUGACCCCAUAAGAUACCUCAUUCAGAAUGGAGAUCCUCAACAAGUUUUUAAUCUCUCUCAAAGUUCUGGGCUUCUGGCCCUGGGAAAACCCUUGGACAGGGAAAGCACCGACCGCUACAUCCUGAUUGUCACGGCCUCGGACGGCAGACCCGACGGGACCUCAACUGCUACUGUCAAUAUAGUGGUGACAGAUGUGAAUGACAACGGACCAGUUUUUGACAUGUUUCUACCCAAAAACCUCUCUGUGCAGGAAGAGGAAGCCAAUGCUUUUGUUGGUCAAGUUAGGGCGAAGGAUGUUGAUCUGGGCUCGGACGUGAACUAUCGGAUCCGCACGGAGGAGGCACGACAGUAUUUUGCACUGAACAGGCACACGGGCGAGUUGUCCCUGCUGAAGUCCUUGGAUUAUGAGUCAUUCUCUGACACAGAAGCCACCUUCACCUUCCUGGUGGAAGCCUUCGACAGCAAGGGCACGAUGCCUCCUGGGCUGGCCACCGUCACCGUGAGGGUCAAGGAUAUGAAUGAUUACUCACCAGUGUUCAGCCAGAAGCUCUACAGGGGGAUGGUUGCUCCUGAUGCCAUCAAGGGCACCGUUAUCACCACGGUUUCAGCUGAGGAUCAGGAUCCCCCGGGCACACCAGCGAGUCGGGUCCGGUACAAAGUGGAUGUUGUCCAAUUCCCUUACAGUGCCAGCAUUUUUGACGUGGAGGAAAACUCAGGACGUGUGGUGACCCGAGUGAACCUCAAUGAGGAGCCCAGCACAGUGUUCAAGCUGGUGGUCAUUGCAUAUGAUGAUGGGGACCCGGUGAAGUUCAACACCACGACGGUAGAAAUUGCUGUGCUGCAGCCCUCGGUCAUCCCACGCUUCACACAGGAUGAGUACAGACCCCCCCCAGUGAGUGAAAGUGCCCCCAAAGGAACCGUGGUCGCUGUUGUCACCGCAGCCGCCCUGAACCAGACAGUCGUGUAUUCCAUUGUUUCAGGGAAUGAAGAGGAUGUGUUUGCCAUCAACAACAGAACGGGUGUGAUCUCCAUUAAGAAGGCUCUGGAUUAUGAAAGUGUGACGAGUUACGAGCUCCGGGUCCAGGCAGAUUCCUUGCAAGUGGUGAGAUCCAACCUGCGGGUCCCUUCCAAGAGUAACACAGCCAAGGUGUUUAUCGAGGUGAAGGAUGAAAAUGACCACGUGCCUGUGUUCACCAAAAAAAUGUACAUUGGAGGGGUGUCUGAAGAUGCCAGAAUGUUUUCUUCUGUGCUUAAAGUUAAGGCUGAUGAUAAAGACACUGGGAAUUACAGUGCCAUGCAGUACAGACUCAUCAUUCCCCCCAUCAAGGAUGGCAAAGAAGGUUUUGUGAUUGAAGCUUACACAGGGCUGAUCAAAACUGCAAUGCUCUUCAAAAACAUGAGGAGAUCCUAUUUCAAGUUCCAGGUCAUUGCCACUGACAAUUAUGGAAAAGGACUGAGCAGCAAAGCAGAAGUGCUUGUCUCUGUGGUCAAUCAGCUGGAUAUGCAGGUCAUCGUCUCCAACGUUCCUCCCACCCUCGUGGAGCAAAACAAAGAUCAGCUCAUAGGGAUUUUGGAGCGCUACAUCCAGGACCAGAUUCCCGGGGCGACGGUGGUGGUGGAGUCCAUCGGGGCGCGCAGGUUCGGGGACGGCUUCUCCGAAGAGGAUUACACCAAGUCCGACCUCAUGGUCUACGCCAUCGACCCGCAGACCAACAGGGCCAUCAUGAGGAACGAACUGUUUAAGUUCCUGGAUGGCAAACUGCUGGAUAUCAACAAGGAGUUCCAGCCCUACCUGGGGCAGGGCGGGCGAAUCCUGGAGAUCCGCACGCCGGACGUGGUGGCCAACGUGAAGAAGCAGGCGCAGGCCGUGGGCUACACGGAGGGAGCGCUGCUGGCCCUGGCUGUGAUCAUCAUCCUGUGCUGCCUGCCAGCCAUCCUCAUCGUCAUGGUCAGCUACAGGCAAUUCAAAGAGAGGCAGGCUGAGUGUGCCAAGACUGCCAGGAUCCAGAUGGCUUUGCCAGCAGGGAAACCAGCCAGUGCCGCUGCCAACAACCUCUACGAGGAGCUUGGAGACAGCACCAUGCGAGGAUAUGCACAGCAAGAGCAACAGCAGUUGCUGAGACCUUCUCUUCUCAGACCAGAGGAGCUGAGUAUGGAGUCUGGAAUUGAUCCAGGGCAGGAAUACUAUGGGCAAGAUUACUACAGUUAUGAGCAUGGGUACGAGCUGCCGCAGUACGGGAGCCGCCGCCGGCUGCUGUCCCCGGCGGGGAUGUACGACGAGUACGGGGAGGUGGUGGUGGAGAGCGACGGUGGCUACUACUACAGUCCCCAUGGACCCACAGCUGAAGAGGGGAUGAGUCAAGUCAGAGGUGCUCCGAGCAGAGGGAUAAGCCAGGCAGCAGGGGCUCAAAUAGCAGCUAGACCUUUAGGUGGUGGGAUGGACCCAAGGCGUGGUCCUGGACUGUACAGGACCAGCCAGGGCAAAAGGAGGCUGAAAGCAGUGAUGCAUGUGAGUCGUGUGGCAGUCAGUGCUCACAAACCGGUGGGAAGAGCCGAGUCCGCUCGUUCCCGAUGGAAGAAAGCAAAGAUAUUCCCGAUGAUCCUGCAGAAAGUGAAGGGCAGCAGGAAGGAUUCCAGCUAUGCCAAGCUGAUGUCGGCUCGCCAAGCAGAGGGAGACAAAAGCAUGAUCAUCAGGGGAAGCUACUUCCAGAAAUCCACAGAUGACAGACCUUCCAUGAGGAAGCUGAAUCACGUGUUAAAGCGUAUCAGCGUCUCCAGGAAACUUCAGGAGCCCCUUGGCAAGGAUUUGGCACGUAGAGAGGAGGAGUCUGAAAGAGAGGAAGCAAAAUCAGGGGUUUCAAUAAGUAUCACAGCAGAGAGUGAGCAGGAGGACAGUGACUAUGAGAAGAAGAAGAAGAGAAGGAGACACACCUCAGAUGAGUCAUCUGAGAAGAGCAGCAGCUCCGGCUCGGAGUCGGAAGACAAAGACUACUUGAAAAUAACUCUGGACCAAGAUGAAGCCACAGAAAGCACCGUGGACUCGGAUGAAGAAACUGGGCAGGAUUUGGGGGAUUCUGAGGACGACUCUGAGUCCAGCUCCAGCAGUGAAUCGGAGGAGGACUCAUCUGAAGAGGACGAUGACGAGGAAGACUCGGACAGCGAUGAGGAUAGCAGCCUGUCAAAGAGCUCAUCCACACGAAGUUCCUACAGCAGAUCAGGGACCAGCGAGUCCAGCAGCCUCAGAAGCACUGAAAUGUCCAGUAUAAAAAGCAGGGGAGGGAGCUCUCAUGGCAGAGCGAGACACUCCAGCCAGAAAUCCAGCGGCUCUACUGCAUCGGGCAGUGACAGGGACACGAGCUACAGGAAAACUUCAGGAUCCAGCUACAAGAGCAAAACCUCCUCCGCCAGCGUGGGGAUAGAAGACACCAUAGAAGAGGUGUCAGAAGAAGAGGAAGAAGCAGAUGAGACAGCAGAUAGUUCAAGCAAGGCAGCUUCUAAAACAUCUGCAAAACCUGGAGAGGGCAAGAAAGGGAAAUCAGCUGUCAGUGGUGAGGAGAGCGAGGAGGAGAGCGCAGAAGAGGCUGACACAGGUGGUAGUGACAGGGAGGAAACUCUCAGUAAGAACGGAUCUUCUGGCCUAGAAAGUGAAAUGAGUGGGAUUUCCAAAGGUCCCAACGUGAAAAGAGUGAAAAAGGGAAAAAAGGUGUCCCAGGAACAGAGUCAGUCUCAGUCAGGUGAGAGCCUGGAGACUGGAGUCACGGAGUCGGAGGCCGCGGGGGAUUCCACGUCCUUCUAA